AUGCGAGCUCGUCUCGAUUCCACGUGGGCUAUCGAGAAGAGAUGUGAUCGCUCAUGUUCUAGCCAAGCAACCCUCAAAAUAAAACGGUCACGAUGCGAGCUCGACUCGAAUCCGCGGGCUAUCGAGACGAGAUGUGAUCGAUCAUGUUCUAGCCCCGCAACCCUCAAAAUAGAACCGGCACGAUGCGAGCUCAGCUCACGGGGCUAUCGAGACGAGAUACAGGUAAACCGUCGCACUGUGGCGACCGACGGAUCAGCGGUUUCAAGCGACUCCCGACAGCACCCAGGCAAGUUAGCACCCGAACAGGGGUAUCCAUACCCGCUCUUCCGUCUGAUCACGCAAAUUUCGCGUAGAAAGACGGUAGCAGGUUUCAGGAGCGCGCUGAGCGUGCGGGGGCGGCGGGCGGCGGCGACGGCGCUCGUCUCCCUGGACGAAGGGCCCCCCCUCCCCCCCAAGGCCGUCAUCACGCGCUGCAGAGGUGCCCACGACAAGACUGAACUGCAGCACACGACGCUUUUACGUGUGGAGUGCGAAUAG